AUGACUGUUCAAUCAAUUUCACAAGAAUAUUUUCCAAAUGAACCAAAAGAACCAGUAGUUAAAUCAACUACUCAAACAAAAUCAAAAGAAGGAAUUGAACAAUUAGAAAAAUCAUUUGAUGCAAGAAGUGCUUAUUUUAUUGCUGAUUAUGCUAAAUCAAUUGGUAAUUAUAUUGCAGAUGUUGAUGGAAAUUUAUUAUUAGAUGUUUAUGCACAAAUUGCCUCAAUACCAUUAGGUUAUAAUAAUCCUGCAUUAAUUGAAACUGCAAAAUCUGAUAAAAUGAUUAGAGCAAUAGUUGAUAGACCAGCAUUAGGAAAUUUCCCAGGUGAAGAUUUAGAUGAUAUUUGUAAAGAAAUUUUAAAAGUUGCACCAAAACAUCAAGAUAAAUUAUGGUCAGGUUUAUCUGGAGCAGAUGCUAAUGAAUUAGCUUUUAAAGCUACUUUUUUCUGGUAUCAAGCUAAAAAAAGAGGUUACAAGAGUCAAUUUAGUCCGGAAGAAAUUGAAACAGUUAUGCAUAAUCAAGCACCAGGAUCACCAGAAUUAGCAAUUUUAUCAUUUGAAAGAGCAUUCCAUGGAAGAUUAUUUGCAUCAGGUUCAACCACUUGUUCAAAACCAAUUCAUAAAUUAGAUUUACCAGCUUUUAAAUGGCCAAAAGCUGAGUUCCCAUCAUAUAAAUAUCCAUUAGAAGAAAAUGAAGAAGCUAACAGAAAGGAAGAUGAAAGAUGUUUGAAAAUAGUUGAAGAUUUAUUUAAAUCUUGGUCAGUUCCAAUUGCUGGUGUUUUAGUUGAACCAAUUCAAUCAGAAGGUGGUGAUAAUCAUGCAUCAGCUGAAUUUUUCCAAGGUUUAAGAGAUAUUACUUUAAAACAUGGUGCUUUAUUAAUAAUGGAUGAGGUUCAAACCGGGGUUGGUGCAACUGGGGUUAUGUGGGCUCAUGAAAGAUUUAAUUUACAACCACCACCAGAUUUAGUUACUUUCUCUAAAAAAUUCCAAUCUGCUGGUUAUUUCUUCCAUGAUCCAGAAAUUGUACCAAAUUUUGCUUAUAGACAAUUUUGUACUUGGUGUGGUGAUCCAGCAAGAAUGAUUUUAGCCGGUUCAAUUGGAGCUGAAAUUGUUAAACAUAAUUUAGUCGAACGAGCAUCUGAAGUUGGUGAUUAUUUAUUCAGCAAAUUAGAAAAAUUACAAACAAAAUAUCCAAAAUAUUUAGGUGAUUUAAGAGGUAAAAAUAGAGCUACUUUUAUUGCUUGGUCCUUGGAAAAUGGUGAAGCAAGAAAUAAAUUUUUAAAUGAUAUGAAAUCUGUUGGUGUUAAUAUUGGUGGUUGUGCAGAAGAUUCAGUUAGAUUAAGACCAACUCUAGUAUUUGAAGAAAAACAUGCUGAUGUUUUAGUUGAUGCUAUAGAAAAAGUUUUAUCAAGUUAUUAA